AUGUCCGAUUACGAAGACAAUGCAUUUCGUGAGGUAGCAGACGCAUAUGAAGACUUUGAUCCACCAGAUCACUUUUCAGAUAAUGAAUUUGAUGAUCCAAAUGGAGGUGAUGCUCAACUAACCACAGAUGAUGGGAGACAAAUCAUCAAUGGAGGUAUUGGACCUGAUGAUGCAGCUACUGCUGCAUCAGCUCAACAACAAAGGAAAAAGACCACAAAAGAACUAGCUAUACCUAAAGAUCAAAGGACAACUACUCCAUACAUGACUAAAUAUGAGCGUGCGAGAAUUUUGGGUACGAGAGCAUUACAAAUUUCAUUAAAUGCUCCUGUCCUUGUUGACAUAGAAGGUGAAACUGAUCCUUUACAAAUUGCCAUGAAAGAGUUGUCUCAAAGAAAGAUCCCCUUGGUGAUUAGAAGAUACUUGCCUGAUGGAUCAUAUGAAGAUUGGGGAUGUGAUGAAUUGAUUGUUGACCAGUAG